AUGGCUGCCGAAGACGGUCUCUUCUCGCCCAGCCUCAUCUCGCCCGAGGUCGUUGCCGCUCUCCCCGAGGGCUACAAGCUGCGGGCUCUGCGCAAGUCGGACCGCGACAACGGCUUCCUCGACUGCCUCCGCGUCCUGACCACGGUUGGCGACAUUUCACAAGCCGACUUUGAAGCCCAGUACGAUCGAAUGGGCCAGCAGGGUGGAUACUACAUCGUCGUCAUCGAGGACCAGCGCGCAGCCGUCGUUGCCACCGGAGCUCUCAUUGUCGAGCGCAAGUUCAUCCACAACCUCGGCGCCGUCGGCCACAUCGAAGACAUUGCCGUCGCCAAGGACCAGCAGGGCAAGAAGCUCGGCCUGCGGCUCAUCCAGGCCCUCGACUUUGUCGCCGAGCGCAUUGGCUGUUACAAGAGCAUUCUCGACUGCAGCGACGCCAACGAGGGCUUCUACGUCAAGUGCGGCUUCCGACGCGCCGGUCUACAGAUGGCCCAUUACUACCAGGGCGACAAAAGUAAAUCCCAAUAG